GCCGGCCGCCUGGUUCCGCCACCUGUGCCGCGUUGGUGUCCCUGGACGGAACGGCUGAGAGAGAGGGAGUUGCUUUAGGAACAUUCCUUGAGACCGAUCCCCAAAGUUAAGGGUUUUCUCUCUUUAGCGAGCUCUUUGCCAAAACCGGGAUUCUCUUUUCCGAUUGGAUCGCUGUUGUUGCUUUUAGUUCGUAGCUGGCGUUAGUGGUAAGUGUGCAAAUACGGAAUUGCAGUUAACUUAACUCAAGUUAUUUAUAUGCCGUGUGUAGUUGCCCUUCCCCGAAGUGGCAUUAAAACAGUCAAAGUUAGGAGUGGAGUAAAAUGGUCACGCUGUUUUUGAAAUGCUCUUAUUCCGAGUGGCAGAAGGGGAACUAAAUUCACUUUUUUAACUUUAAGCCCUGAGUUUUUAGGACCUAAACUGUGUGCAGUUUUAAGUUUAAAACCUCGUCUUGUGGCCACCUUGCCUACCUGAUUUUCUGAGAUCCUGGAGAAUUUAUUAUGGCUUGUGUAGCAAACUAGGAAAUGUUUGAAAAGCAAAACCAGUUUUGUCAGGGAAUUUGGGGGUCGGAUAGGAGAUUUUCUUUGUUUAAAAAGGUUCUUGGAUAUUAGAAUUUUUUGGUUUUUUUUUUUUUUUUUUUUUUUUACUUGGCAAUGCUGUUUGUUGCUUUCCCUGGUAAGAGGAAUCGCAUUUCCAAUUCCAAAGCACACAAACUUUAACCCUAGGAUGCCCAUUUGGGGGGGUUUCUGGAGAGUGCUCAUUAAGUUUGAGACAGGUGGCUGGCUGAAUUACUCUCUGAAAAUAUUAAGCUUUUUUUUCCGUGGUUGGCGCCAUCUUUUAAAAACAAUUUUGCCAGAAAAGAAAAACACGGUAGUUAGCCUAGUAUUUCAAUUUCUCAUGCCUCCCCUCCGAGCCAUGCUCAGCUCUUUGCAGCAGUGUCUCCCAGUCCUAAUGUCUGGGAGACCACAUCAGGAGGCCGAAGGGACCCACGAAUGCCUCAGCUGAUUCUGCAGUUUCCUUCCACCUUACAGCCCCUAAGACUCCUUUGCGUCUUGCUGAGUAUCCACGAGCGAACAGAAAUGCUUGGAAAUAAAAUACACGGCAGCACCAGACGAGAUCCUUGAAUAAAUCUGCGGGAGCGUUGUGCCAAAGCUGAGAUCUGAAAUUCAGUCUUCAGCAGUGGAAACCAGUUUCUGUGGACAAACCCGUCAGUCUGUGCAGCACCUGUUAAGUAGUAACAGGUCUUCUGUGGGUUUCCAAGUUUUCUAAAGCACUUGACACUGGCGAAGCUCGGGUCGCCCUCCUUGGAAGUCACGUGGUUUGCCUGCAAUGAGAUUUCAUUCUCUACAUAUAAAGGACAUCCUUUCUGAGCUGCUGUGAAUAAAUUUGGAAUGAUACUGUAUAUUUUCAUCUGAUGGAGAAUUAGCUGUACCUUGAGUUUGGAUUGCUGCACUGGACGACCUAAGAAUAUCGCUCACGAUGUCAUCAAACAGGAGUCAGAAUCCCCAUGGACUGAAGCAGAUUGGCCUUGACCAGAUCUGGGACGACCUCCGCGCUGGAAUCCAGCAAGUAUAUACCAGACAAAGUAUGGCGAAAUCCAGAUACAUGGAGCUCUACACUCACGUUUAUAACUACUGCACGAGUGUUCACCAGUCAAACCAGGCCCGAGGGGCUGGCGUCCCUCCCUCCAAAUCGAAAAAGGGUCAGACGCCUGGGGGAGCUCAGUUUGUUGGCUUGGAAUUAUACAAACGACUUAAAGAAUUUUUGAAGAAUUACUUGACAAAUCUUCUUAAGGAUGGAGAAGAUUUGAUGGAUGAGAGUGUACUGAAGUUCUACACUCAACAAUGGGAGGAUUAUCGAUUUUCCAGCAAAGUGCUGAAUGGAAUUUGUGCCUACCUCAAUAGACAUUGGGUUCGCCGUGAAUGUGACGAGGGACGGAAAGGAAUAUAUGAAAUCUAUUCUCUUGCGUUGGUGACUUGGAGAGAUUGUCUGUUCAGGCCAUUGAAUAAACAGGUAACAAAUGCUGUUUUAAAACUGAUUGAAAAGGAAAGAAACGGUGAAACCAUCAACACAAGACUGAUAAGUGGAGUUGUACAGUCUUACGUGGAGUUGGGGCUGAAUGAAGACGACGCCUUUGCCAAGGGCCCUACGCUGACAGUGUAUAAAGAGUCCUUUGAAUCUCAGUUUUUGGCCGACACGGAGAGAUUUUAUACCAGAGAGAGCACUGAAUUCUUGCAGCAGAACCCAGUGACUGAGUAUAUGAAAAAGGCAGAGGCCCGUCUGCUCGAGGAACAACGAAGAGUCCAGGUGUACCUUCACGAAAGCACACAAGAUGAACUAGCAAGGAAGUGUGAGCAAGUGCUCAUUGAAAAACACCUGGAGAUUUUCCACACAGAAUUCCAGAAUUUGUUGGAUGCUGACAAAAAUGAAGAUUUGGGGCGCAUGUAUAAUCUCGUAUCUAGAAUCCAGGAUGGCCUAGGAGAAUUGAAAAAACUUCUAGAGACACACAUCCAUAAUCAGGGUCUCGCAGCCAUUGAAAAGUGUGGAGAAGCUGCUCUAAAUGACCCCAAAAUGUAUGUACAGACAGUGUUGGAUGUUCACAAAAAAUACAAUGCCCUGGUGAUGUCGGCGUUCAACAACGAUGCUGGUUUCGUGGCUGCACUUGACAAGGCCUGUGGUCGCUUCAUCAACAACAACGCAGUUACCAAAAUGGCCCAGUCGUCCAGUAAAUCCCCCGAGCUGCUGGCUCGAUACUGCGACUCCUUGUUGAAGAAAAGUUCCAAGAACCCAGAAGAAGCAGAGCUAGAAGACACGCUCAACCAAGUGAUGGUGGUCUUCAAGUAUAUAGAGGAUAAAGACGUGUUCCAGAAAUUCUAUGCAAAGAUGCUGGCCAAAAGACUCGUACAUCAGAACAGUGCCAGUGAUGAUGCCGAAGCAAGCAUGAUCUCUAAAUUAAAGCAAGCUUGUGGUUUUGAAUAUACCUCUAAACUUCAGCGGAUGUUUCAAGACAUUGGUGUGAGCAAAGAUUUGAAUGAGCAGUUCAAAAAGCACCUGACGAACUCAGAACCGCUAGACUUGGACUUCAGCAUCCAGGUGCUAAGCUCCGGGUCGUGGCCCUUCCAGCAGUCCUGCACGUUCGCCUUGCCGUCAGAGCUGGAACGCAGUUAUCAGCGAUUCACAGCUUUUUACGCUAGCCGUCACAGUGGCAGAAAACUGACCUGGCUGUAUCAGCUGUCCAAAGGAGAAUUGGUAACCAACUGCUUCAAAAAUCGAUACACUUUGCAGGCAUCCACCUUCCAGAUGGCGAUCCUGCUUCAGUACAACACGGAAGACGCGUAUGCUGUGCAGCAGCUGACUGACAGCACUCAGAUCAAAAUGGACAUUUUGGCACAAGUCCUACAGAUUUUAUUGAAGUCGAAGUUACUGGUUCUGGAAGACGAGAACGCGAACGUUGAUGAGGUGGAAUUGAAGCCAGACACCUUAAUCAAAUUGUAUCUCGGUUAUAAAAAUAAGAAGUUAAGGGUUAACAUCAACGUGCCGAUGAAAACCGAACAGAAGCAGGAACAAGAGACCACACACAAAAAUAUCGAGGAGGACCGCAAGCUGCUGAUUCAGGCGGCCAUCGUGAGGAUCAUGAAGAUGCGGAAGGUCUUGAAGCACCAGCAGCUGCUCGGAGAAGUGCUGACUCAGCUGUCCUCGAGGUUCAAGCCGCGGGUCCCAGUGAUCAAGAAAUGCAUUGACAUUCUGAUCGAGAAGGAAUAUCUGGAGCGAGUUGAUGGGGAAAAGGACACCUACAGUUACUUGGCUUAGCCCUUCCGGAAGGGUCUGCCUGUGCGAGCCGCAGCAGGUAGUUCCGGGCCGAGAGAAGAGCUCCAUCCAGCUCGCAGCAGCCAGCCUGGCGCCGUCCGGACCUCCCUUUUUAAAACCGAGACCGAGGCUCCCACCGGCCGGUCUCAGACGUACAUCAGAACUGCUCAGGAUUGACACGUUUCAAGUCUGUAAAUACGGACACCGACGCCAUUUAACCUAAUUUAAGAAGAGGGGCGUCGCGCCCCGAGGGCUGCAUGCUACCGCAUUUAAACCAGUCCAUUGGCUGCGAGGCCGACGGCCGCCGCCCUCGGGCAUCGGCGUUGGCAGCACCCCCUUUGAGAGCAAGUCUCACGGACCCACGUGUAGUCUGCUAUGAAAAACCAUUUGUAUAGUGUGUUUCAUUUUUUAAUGUGUGAAAAUAAAGAGAAUUAAAGAAUUUC